GGCAAUGGAUCGAGAAGGCGAUGGCGAUGGCGGCAGCGCCAGCGCUAACGGCGCGGGGAAGAAGAAGCUGCUGAUUCUCGACGUCAAUGGCCUGCUCGUCGACACCUAUUUCAUGAAGGAGGAUCGGCCUCCGCGAUUGCACGAUGCCGUGGUGGGGCGAUUUCUUGUGUAUAGGAGGCCCCAUUGCGAGGAGUUUCUCCAAUUUUGCUUGCGGCAUUUUCACGUCGCUGUUUGGUCCUCUGCCAAAGAGCACAAUGUAAUGGGAAUGGUAAACUUGAUACUAGGGGAAUCCCAAAAAUUGCUUGCGUUCAUCUGGAGCCAGAAAUGGUGCACUGAUACUGGAGUGAAGUGUCUCGACAACAAGUUCAAGCCCCUCUUCCUCAAGGAGCUGAAAAAAGUGUGGGAGAGUUCUAAGCCGGACGUUCCCUGGGACAAAGGCGAGUAUGGACCCUGGAACACGCUUCUCAUCGAUGACAGUCCACACAAAGUACUGCGAAACCCCGACCAUACAGCGGUGCUGGCUCUUCCAUACUCGGCUAUGGAAACCACCACCUCCGCAGACGAUUUUCUACCCGCACUACAGGGAUACUUGACGAAGCUGAUUGAUGUCCCAGAUGUUCGAGACUUCGUGCGAAGCAACCCGAUAGGACAGCCCUUGAUCACGGAGGAUAGCUGCGAUUGGGAGUUCUACUCGAAGCUCAAGCUCUCUGUGAAGUCGAGCAAAGGCGAGAGGUGGCUACAUAUAGAAUCCGGAUCAAGCUCGAGAGGGAAGGGCAUAGUCGAAAGCACAGAUCCUGAAAUGGAUACAAGGCAGCCAUCGAGUUCGAGGAGACAUGGAACCAUAAAGCGCUAUGACCAGCCGACGGGUUAUUUGAAAAGGUAUGGGACGAACACUGAAGAAACCAAGAUGGAUCACUUGACAAGGUAUGAGACGAGAAAGUACGACACUGAUGAAUCGAGAAAGUACCAGGACUAUGAGACGGAUCAUCAUCAGCAGCACUCAAGAAAACGCAAGAGGAGCUUUCAGCAGCGUGAGACGGGGAAGUAUGAGACGAGAAAACACAAGCGGAUCAAACGGAAACACUGUCGGGAGCCCGAGAGGGGACGUCGAGAUGCAGACUACCAAAGUGACCGGAGGGAACGACAUCACUCGAGUGAGCGUCAUCGCUACAAACGGCGUAGGCAUUGAAGCAGAGUAAACAAGUACAACGUUGGCUCCAGAGAAAAGCUUCGGAGCACGCAGUGCAAGGCUGCUUUUGUAAAACGAAACUGACCCGAGAAACUGAUGAGGACUUGCUGUCUUAUUACCA